AUGAUUGUGAUGAAAAACAAGCCAAGUGCAAAGUCACUACUUAUGCUGCUUAUGGUUCUUGGGUUGUUCUUUGUCACUUAUAAUUUGGUAUUUAUGAUCAAACACUAUAAGGGUGGACAUUGGGUAACAGAUGAGUUGGGAUUUCUUGAUCCUGUUAUCAGCAUGCCAGGAAAGGUGAUAAGAUCAGCAAAUUCCAAUUCAAAAUACCAUGUUGCAGUGACAGCAACUGAUGCAGCUUACAGUCAAUGGCAGUGCCGGAUUAUGUACUACUGGUAUAAGAAGGUAAAGGAUAUGCCUGGAUCAGACAUGGGAAAGUUCACCAGGAUAGUGCAUUCAGGAAGGCCAGACCAGUUGAUGGAUGAGAUUCCUACUUUUGUGGUUGAUCCACUUCCUGCAGGCUUGGAUAGGGGUUAUAUUGUCCUGAAUAGACCAUGGGCUUUUGUUCAGUGGCUGGAGAAAGCAAAUAUUGAGGAAGAAUAUAUUUUAAUGGCAGAACCUGACCACAUAUUUGUAAAUCCUUUGCCUAAUUUGGCUUAUGGAACCCAACCAGCAGGGUAUCCAUUUUUCUAUAUAAGACCAGCUAAAAAUGAAAAAAUAAUUAGGAAAUUCUAUCCUGAGGAGAAGGGUCCUGUUACUGAUGUUGAUCCCAUUGGCAAUUCUCCUGUAAUCAUUCAGAAGUCCUUGCUUGAGGAAAUAGCCCCCACAUGGGUGAAUGUUUCUUUGCGAAUGAAAGAUGAUCCAGAAACUGAUGAAGCUUUUGGAUGGGUACUUGAAAUGUAUGCAUACGCUGUGGCAUCUGCAUUGCAUGGUGUACGGCAUAUUCUUCAAGACAGCUUUAUGCUGCAGCCACCUUGGGACAAAGAUGUUGGGAAAAAGUUUAUAACCCAUUAUACUUAUGCAUGUGACUAUAAUUUAAAGGGGGAACUGACAUAUGGGAAGAUUGGAGAAUGGCGUUUUAACAAGAGAUCUUAUCUUACGGAUCCUCCACCCAAAAACCUUUCCUUACCCCCUCGUGGAGUUCCUGAAAGUGUGGUGCGGCUUGUAAAGAUGGUUAAUGAGGCUACUGCUAACAUACCCAAAUGGGAUUCAAUAAAUAGAAGCUGA